GGCUACUGAUCUCUUCUCUUCUUCUCUUGUCUUUGUUAUCUCUUUAUCUUCUUGUCUCCCUCUUCUUCCCCUGACUCCUUUGACUUAUUACCUUGUGUCUCUGCCAGCGUUCGGUAGAUCCUGUAUCCAACGAUCUGAUGUACUCUGUUAGUUAGAAUAAUCACACCAAAUCCACUGUUUACCAUACUCUCUUCCAGUUCUCUUGUUUCACCUCAUUAUGAUGUUUCACAAGCCGGUUCCGGCCUGUGUGUCCCUUGGUUCCUGGUGUGACGCAUCCCGGGGCCGGGCAGGCAAACUACAUCAUCUUCCUCUCUUCCUUUCUCUCUCCUCUUUCCAUCCUGACAGUCAGUGUGACCCAGGGAGUCUUGAGUAACCAGCCUUUCUCUCUCAUUCCCUCGUCACCAUCAUCGUUGCCAAUCAUGGAUACCUCUCGUGAAGAGCAGCUUCAGAUCGAGCACCAGAAUACCACCGACACCGACAUGGACAGAGUGAGCGACGCGGACGACAAGCCCGCCGAGGCGACUCCCGGGUCUGACCCGUCGACGCUCGAGGCGCAGAAGCAGUCGGUGACGGUGCAGUCGAGCGCGACGGCGCCGCACUCGGCCUUCAGCCGGGGCCAGAAGGUGUUCAUCGUGGCCAUGGUGACGUUGGCGUCCUUCUUCUCGCCGCUGUCUGGCCAGAUCUAUUACCCCGUCAUGCCGACCCUGGUGCGCACCUACCAUCUCACCACCGCGCUGGUCAACCUGACCAUCACCACGUACAUGAUCUUCCAGGGGCUCGCCCCGAGCUUCAUGGGCACGUUUGCUGAUUCCGGGGGCCGUCGUCCGGCGUAUAUCAUCGCCUUCACCAUCUACACCGCUGCAAAUGUCGGCCUCGCCCUGCAGGACAGCUACGCCGCCCUGCUGGUCCUGCGCUGCGUCCAGAGCGCAGGCAGCAGCGGCACCGUCUCCUUCGGCUACGGCGUCGUCGCAGACAUCGCCACCGCCGCAGAGCGAGGCUCGUACAUCGGUCCCAUGUCCGCAGGCGUCAUGGUCGCCCCGGCCCUGGGCCCCGUCAUCGGCGGCUUACUCGCGCGCUUUCUCGGUUGGCGCAGCGUCUUCUGGUUCCUCGUCAUCAUCUCCGGUGGCUACCUUGUUCUUUUCAUCGUCGCCGUGCCGGAAACCGCCCGCAAGAUCGUCGGCAAUGGCAGCGCGCCUCCGCAUGAAUGGUGGCGGAUGUCUGUCGUCCAGUACCUCCGACGUCGACGUUCUAAAAAUGAUGCCGCCGAGAACAUUAUAGGUGAGAACCACCACCACCACCACCACCAGCAUCAGCAGCAUCAGCAACGAAAACUGGCCUUCCCUAACCCGCUUGCCUCCUUCGCCAUCCUGCUCGAGCGUGACGCCCUCAUCAUCAUCUCCUAUGUCGGGCUGGUCAUGUUCUCCAACAUCGCCUUGUUGACCAGCACCCCGAACCUAUUCGGGACGCUCUACGGCUUUAACGAUCUACAGAUCGGCCUAUGUUUUAUCCCCCUCGGCGUUUCCGCCUGCGUGGCCGCCGUCUGCAACGGCCGACUCCUCGACUACAACUACCGCCGCACCGCAGCAAAACUGGGCCUCCCCGUCGACCGCAAACGAGGCGACGACCUGCGCCAUUUCCCCAUCGAACGCACCCGGCUGGCGACUUUCUUCCCCGUCAUGACUCUCGGCGUGGCGGCCUUCCUCCCCUACGGCUGGGUCCUGCAGCGGCACGCACCCCUCUACGCACCCCUCAUCCUCCAGUUUGUCAUUGGCUUCUGCUUCAUCGCGGGCCUCAACACGCUCAACACCCUCCUCGUCGAUCUGUUCCCUGAUAGACCUGCUACCGCCGCCGCGGCGUGUAACCUGUUCCGCUGUCUGCUUGGCGCCGUCGGCGCCGCCGUCAUCGAUUACAUGCUCCGUGAUAUGGGAUGGGGGUGGUGUUUCACUUUUCUGGGCUUGGUCAUGGCUCUCGCGCUGGGCUUGCUUGUCCUUGAGAGUCGGUAUGGUAUGCUCUGGAGGGAGAAGCGGUUGCAGCGUCUCGACCAGGAGAAGGAGGAGAAGAAGAAGGAGGAAAGUGAACAGAAGGGGAACGUGUAACCAUGAGUAGCAGGAACUGAUGAUAUUGAUACAUUACUUGCUAGUCCAUUGGUAGUUUAGGAAGUUUUAAAGCUUG